GAAAAACUCAUGAUGGGUCAGAAAAAAAUGACGAGGGAAAACACUGAGCGGAUUGCUAGGAUCGGAUGGCACGAGUGAUGCAAUCCUUGCAUCCUCCGAAGCCCCAACCGGAUCGCAGAGAAUCUGGCCGGAGAUUUUACCUCACCGAGUUUAAUUUCUGAAAAUUACUAUACCCUAACCGAGCGACCACACUUUUAACAAGUGCCUCUUCGCUAGGAUUGUUUUUCUCCACGCCCGUUGAACAGGAUCUAAACAUCAUCGACAUCAAUGGAAGGAGCAUGAAAUCCUAAUGCCAAUUGUUGAACGAUAUUCUCAGUGAUUGCAGCUUUGCAUGUUGUGAAGCACGACCUUUGCUUUUAGGUGCACCCUGGAGAAUUGCGUAUCACUCAUUUUCGCGUCUCGUUUUAAACUGAAACGCUCGGUUGCAUCCUAGAUAUCAGAUACCUGAUCGGUCUUCCAAUCGUCUUUUUUCUUUUUUUUUUGUGCCGUGCAGAACCUGCAGGGUAUAAUUUAACGUCGCAUCCCUUUUCAUCUUCACCAUGAAUUACCUGCGACGUCGACUAUCGGACAGUAAUUUCAUGUCCAACUUGCCCAAUGGCUACAUGAGCGAUUUACAGCGGCCCGAUCCGCCGCAGCAGAGCCCUGCCCCGGUGCUUUCGCCGGGCUCUCAAGAGAGGCGUCAACCCCCCAGCCAGUCUACCGGCGCCGGCUUUUUUUCCUCCCUUUCCAACGCCGUCAAACAGACCACCGCCGCCGCUGCUGCUACCUUUAACGAGGCCACCGAGAGAGGAAUCGGCUCGAGCAAUGCCAAAAUCCUCCUGGUCAUUGAUGAUCAGCAGACAGACUGGGCAAAGGUGUUUAAAGGCAUGAAGGUUCAUGGUGAAUUUGACAUUAAAGUAGAACAGGCUGAAUUCUCUGAGGUUAAUCUGGUGGCUCAUGCAACAGGAAGCUAUAGCGUGGACAUUGAGGCCAUCCGCAAUGGCAACAAAAUCACAAAGUGUUUCAAGCCAGAUUUUGUGCUGGUGCGACAGCAUGCUUUUAGCAUGGCCAAGAAUGGCGACCACAGGAACAUUGUGAUUGGACUUCAGUAUGCUGGUCUGCCCAGUGUCAAUUCCAUUCACUCUGUCUACAACUUCUGUGACAAACCAUGGGUGUUUGGUCAGUUGUCCAGAUUGUACAAGCAGUUGGGUCCAGAAGAGUUCCCACUGAUCGACCAGGUUUAUUACCCCAACCACAAGGAGAUGAUCACUACACCUGGCUUUCCUGUGGUAGUGAAGAUGGGUCAUGCUCAUUCUGGCAUGGGAAAGGUCAAAGUGGACAAUCAAUAUGAUUUCCAAGACAUUGCUAGUGUUGUAGCUUUGACAAAGACGUAUGCCACAUCUGAGCCUUUUAUUGAUGCCAAGUAUGACAUCCGAAUCCAGAAAAUCGGUGACAAUUACAAGGCCUACAUGAGGACAUCUAUAUCUGGCAACUGGAAGACCAACACAGGAUCAGCCAUGUUAGAGCAGGUGGCCAUGUCUGACAGGUAUCGUAUGUGGGUGGACAGAUGCUCUGAGGUUUUCGGGGGUCUUGAUAUAUGCGCUGUAGAGGCAUUGCAUGGUAAAGAUGGUAGAGAUUACAUCAUAGAGGUGGUGGGCUGCUCAAUGCCCCUCAUAGGAGACCAGCAGGAUGAGGACCGGGCACUGAUAGCUGAUCUUGUUGUGGCUAAAAUGAACCAGACUUUGCCACACACUUCAGCUCCCACUCCAGUCCGUUCUCAGGGCCCAGCUGUUUCACCUCAACCCAUCUCUCAGUCUAGUGUCCCCCAGGUGCAACAGCGCCCUCCUCCACAGGGAGGUCCACAACAAGCGGCUGCUAGCACUACUGCUGUCCGUCAGGGAGCCCCACCACAGCAACGUCCGUCUCCCCAGGGCCAGCCCCCUGCCCAAACCCAGUCUGUGACCAGUCCUAAUGCUCAGAACCCCCCUACCCAACAAACCCGGCCCAAUCAACCCCCACAGCGACAAGCCAGUCAAGGAGCCGCAGGUCAUCAGAGGCCAGCUACGGCACAGGGUCCUGCCCAGCGUGGCCCGGGUGGUUCUCCUCAGUCACACAGGUCCCAGCAAGGUGGUACCCAACAGCAACCACAAAGGCCUCAAACUGGCGGCCAGGGUCCCAAACCAGCUGGUCAGCCUCAGCAGAGGCCUCAGCAGCCAAGACAAGGCCAGCCAACCAGGCAGCCAUCCCAGGGUGGACCACAGCCAACCCAGGACGCUCCUCAACCACCUCUGCAAACGCAGAGCAGUCCUCGCCCUCCUACCACUCAGCAACCACGGCCUACUGCACAGAGCCAGGGAGGUCUAGGAGGCCCAGGAGGUGCACGACCUCCCUUGCAGCAGAAACCUACACCUCCACAGAAGCCAAGUCCUGAUCACCCGGCUCUGAGUGGAUCGCCACAGCUUAACAAAUCCCAGUCUCUUACCAAUACAUUCAACAUUCCAGAAACGCCGGCCGCCCAGCACCAAAGUCCUAGUCAGGAUGAAGCCAAGGCUGAGACCAUCCGCAACCUUCGGAAAUCCUUUGCAAGCCUCUUCUCCGUGGAAUAAACACACAUACACAGACACAGAAACACAUACACAGACAGAGAGGUUAUGCAGUCUUUCUAGAUAACAUACAAACACAGACACUUGUCAAUUAUACACAGGAAGGACCAAUUAUAUCGUACAUUGCACUUCGGAUCUGUGCA